GCAAGAUGCGCAUCGACCGUCAGUACCGCCGCCACGCGCUUGCUCCCACCUCGACACCGUCGAGCAAGAAGGUGCAGGACAUGCAGGACGCGGUCCUGCAGCUCACGCGGAUCGUCUCGAGCCUCACGACCGAGGUCGAGUCGCUCUACCUGCGCGUCGGGCGCAUCGAGCAGGCGCAGGCGCGCGCGCAGUGCCAGUGCGCCGCCGGCGCGGUCGACGUCGACGUCGGGCACGCCCCGCAGACGACCGCGUCGACCCUCGCGACGGACGCGCUCGAGGGUGGAGCGUCGCGCGACCUCGAGUCUCGCCCUCACGUCCACGCGUCGACGCGCCCUACCCUCCCCACCCUCUCGCCCGCCUUCUCCGUCCCCGAUGCUCCUCGUUCCUGCUCGAGCGCGCCAUUCGCGUUCGCGGCGCCGGCCACGGCGCACCCGGCCGUCUCGCCCACCGCCGCCGAGGACGACUGGCUCCUCAUCGAGCAGCGCACGAGCACGCCGGCACCGCCGCCUGCGUCGACGAGGGCACCGUCGCCGACGUUCUCGUUCUGCGGUGGAGCGACCGAUGGAGUCGAGAAGGGCAGCGAGAACGAGUCGAUCGAGCAGGGAGGUGACGAAGACGACGAGGAGCGCACGAGCCGCACCAUGCCGCCCAUCCCGACGAUGCGGUACAGCGUCGUCGUCGUCGGUCGCAGCAUGUACGUGCGGGGCCUGAGCGAGCCGGCGGCCGUCAAGGUGCAGCCGGCAGACGGCGGCGCGAAGGAGGACAAGAAGGAGGAGAAGGAAGAGCAGGAGGAGGAGGAGGAAAGCGCGCUCGAGCGUAUCGAGUGAGGGCGGACAGUCCGGUGUGGUGCCUUAGAUACUUUUCUCUUGCAUGCUAUACGUCGUUCUG